AGCUACAGAGAUAGAGGAACAGAACAAACAAACAAACAAUGCGCUCAUCAACAACAUAGAUAAGUAUAAUACAUAUUACUUAUAUUACAAAUGAACACUGACAAGUGUGAAAUGUAUGUACUAAGACAGAGAAGUUAACUUGUGUGUCAACCCACAUUGUUACCUUAUCUGAUAACGGAGCAGGGAGGAGUGAUGAAUGUGUGCCUGUGUUAAAGAACCAAAUGCUGCCUGUGGCCAGUGACGGACUUCUACGUCACAAAGACUCGAGGCUGUACUCGCUGCCAAAGAGUGCUGAGAAGUGUUCACCACCGAGCCAAGCUAAGCGGAACGAGUUAUUUGAAGUGUGUGAAAGAACACUGUCAGGAUGCCCCGACCAGGGAGGAACACGUACAGCGACCAGAAACCUCCCUAUUCCUACAUCUCCCUCACCGCCAUGGCCAUCCAGUCCUGCCCGGAGAAGAUGCUCCCUCUCAGCGAGAUCUACAAGUUCAUCAUGGACAGGUUCCCUUACUACAGAGAUAACACCCAGCGAUGGCAGAACUCCUUACGGCACAACCUGUCCUUCAACGACUGUUUCAUCAAGAUCCCGCGGCGUCCGGACCAGCCCGGGAAGGGUAGCUUCUGGGCUCUGCACCCCAGCUGCGGGGACAUGUUCGAGAACGGGAGUUUCUUGCGGCGCCGAAAACGGUUCAAGGUGAUGAUGAUCAUGGCGGCGCAGGAGCACCUGGCUCAGUCCAAGCUGUCUGACGCGGCCCAUUACCUCCAACAGCAGGCUAAGCUCAGGCUUAGCGCCCUGGCUGCCACCAGCACACACCUCCCUCAGAUCUCCAGCUAUAACUUGGGAGUGUCGCAGCCAUCAACUUUUAAACACCCAUUUGCUAUAGAGAACAUCAUUGCCAGAGAGUUUAAGGUGCCUGGGAGUCCGUCCAUGUCUGCAGGCUACCCGAUGCACAACCAGCUGACUGCGGCCUGGCCUCACAUGUACAACACUAUGGUGGACUCUGUUUCUCCUAUCUCUAUGCGCGGUGACUAUGGGGCCUUCAGCAUGCCCCUUAAAUCAGUGUGUCACGGAGGACAGACCCUACCGGCCAUCCCAGUGCCCAUCAAACCCACCCCUACCCUGGUGGCUCUCCCGGGGGGGCUGACGCCCCACAUCCCCGCCUUCCUCUCCAACUCUUACCAGUCUCUGAGCCCCACUUCCCCGCAGACAGCCACCAGCAGAAGCAGCCCCUCCACUCCCGGGGAGACUCACACCAACCCCACAGUGCAGUCCGUGGUGGUGCAUUGACCAACAGAGGUAUACUGAACCCUUUAUGAAUGAGACCAGCAGGCUCAGACCAAAUCCUCAGUUUAUUUUGACUCUUGCUGCUGACAUCUUGUGCCGAGAAUCACUACGAUCAAGACAAUAUAGUCCCGUGUAGCAGUGUAGAGCCUACUUUGUGUAUUUGCUUUGAAUGCUCAUUGUCUUAUAACAUGGGUCCAACAGAGUUAUAGUGAAAUAUUGCUCUUCAGCUUAUAAAGUAUCUGUGUUUACAGUUUUGUCCGAGUUGUAAAGGAGUGAGGCACUGCAAACAGAGGCUCAGUCAGAAGAAUGAGAGAUAGUUACUUUUCUUUAGAAACAUUAUUCCAUUUGUAUCUGGGCUUCCAAUACUUUAAUUGCACCUGACAAACUAUGGUUACAUUAGGUAGGUCAUGUCAGACUUUUUUUACUACAUUAUUGCAGUUAUCAUCAAGGACCUCGAAGUUAGUUAUAGUGAUUAUAACUGAACAAUGCAAAGCCCCUCUGAACUACAACCUGACUCGUUAGACAAUGACAUAUCUGAUGACAACAAACACUUGAUUAGAAUGUCAAUGUGUGUCAAGCAGAUGAACCUCUGAAUUUAUCAAUUGUUUUUAACAGAUUGUUAUUUUUGAUAGUGGGUUGGUGGUUUCUGAAUAACAAGCAUUUUUUUCAACGGUCUCUGUAAAAACAAACGGACUGAAUUAUUACACUUUUUUCAAUCUUAAAAAAUAGUAAUGUUAAGGGAACUAUAGGGUUAUAGGGUCCUUGAUAAAUGCAAAAUAAAUAUGCGAUUAAAUGUGAAUAAUUGCGAAUAAGUUGAAAUGACAAUGUUGUAAAACGCACUUUUAAACUGUUCUGUGAAGCGUUUAAUUGAAAGCCCUGGUGACUAGUGGAUUAAACGCUGUAAAUGUAUUUUUUUCUCUGUUAAAGGGACAGCAUGCACAACCCUAAACUGUGUUUUUCUGACAGCAUGCUCAACCCUAAACUGUGUUUUUCUGACAGCAUGCGUGCGUUAUAAACAUUUGCAUAUAAUCUGCAUUGAAUUAAAAACAUGGUCAUCGAAAUAUUUUCUCAUUAAAAUGGU